GUCUCCGGCUUCUUUCUGUCAGUCGCUGGCAGGGGCGCAGUGGGCAAGCAGCGCGUUGCACCUUUUCUUCUCUCAAAAAUGAUCGGAUUUUUCUCUGACACCAACUUUAAUGUUUUCACCGUAACUUGCGACUGACAAAGGAUGAAUUUCAGCGCCGGUGUCAUGACAGCAACGCGAAGAUGCCACAAAGUAUGACGCCUGACGAUUGCAUCAACCAUACUGUACGGAGCCAAUGAUCUUUUCAUCAAAACUAUAUUUUUACAUUGUUCAAACUGAAACCAUCAAACCGUGGCCGCAAUGUUCCUGAACGCAAGACAACAAAUGGAUGCAUUUCUAAUUUUUAAAUAAUUGACUGUGAAUGACUUGGAUUUCAUGAAGGCACAGGUGGAAAGGGAAGGACAGGGGAAGUAGUUACCCGUUGAGCAGUAGUUCGGAGAGACACACGUCAUUUGGAAUUACCGGUGUCAGUGGAAAAUUACAUUAGGCCUACCAGAAAUAUUUUCUCAUGGAGGGUAGAGUAGCCGGCAGAUAUGCGGAUGUUUGAUUAAGUUCCAAAUUCUCCCUAUUCAAGCAUUACGUUUUGAGGACUUUGGAAUUUGAACGCGUCCAAUACGGAUAGCCUCUCUGUCGAAAUUUCCCCUCAGUAGUACUUACGAAUCAACGUUCGAACAUCAUGGUGCUUAAAAUGCGGCAUGGUGCCCAUCUAAUAUGUAUGGGUUUGGUUCUGUGUUGUGUGGUGGACCUCGGGGCUAGCCUGGAGUUCACUGGUGCUGAGGGACAGUGGGCCACCUUUCCCAUGUGGAAUGCGUGUUGCGAAAGCGAAAUGAACUUCAAUAUGAAGACCAAGAGCUCCCACGGACUCCUGGUGUAUUUUGACGACGAAGGCUUUUGCGACUUUCUGGAGCUACUCAUCCACAACGGCAAACUCAGUCUGCGGUUCUCCAUAUUUUGUGCCGACCCAGCAACGGUUGUUACUGACACAGCAGUGAACGACAGCCAGUGGCAUAGUGUCACCAUAAGGAGAAGCUUCAAAAACACCACACUCAUCGUGGACAAAGAGGUCAAAUGGGUGGAGGUCAAAUCCAAAAGGCGCGACAUGACGGUGUUUAGCCAUUUAUUUCUUGGUGGAAUCCCACCGGAAUUAAAGUCCCAAGCAUUGAGGCUAACGUCAUCGGUCGUGAAGGACCAAGUUCCGUUUGCUGGAUGGAUAACAGACUUGAGAGUGAACAACACUGAACCGAUACUCGUCAACAGUGCAGGGGUCAACAAUGACCUUUGUGGCACAGACGUCUUGUGUCUGAACGGAGGAGUGUGUAGUGUUGUCAACAACGAGCCGACCUGUGACUGCUCAGACACUGGGUAUCAAGGAAAAGACUGCAGUGAAGAAGACAACUAUGUUGAAGGUCUUGCGCACCUGAUGAUGGGCGACCAAGGAAAAGAAGAAUACGUCGCAACCUUCAAAGGAUCCGAAUACUUCUGCUACGACCUGUCCCUGAACCCCAUUCAGAGCAGCAGCGACGAGAUCACGCUCUCGUUCAAGACCCUGCAGAGAAACGGACUGAUGCUGCACACGGGCAAAUCGGCCGACUACGUCAAUCUGGCGUUGAAAAACGGGGCGGUCUCGCUCGUCAUUAAUUUGGGUUCCGGGGCCUUUGAAGCGUUGGUGGAGCCCGUCAAUGGGAAAUUUAAUGACAAUGAUUGGCAUGAUGUGAAGGUUACAAGGAAUCUCCGUCAGCAUUCAGGCAUUGGACACGCUAUGGUGACAAUAUCCGUGGAUGGGAUUCUGACGACCACUGGAUACACGCAAGAGGACUACACCAUGCUCGGCUCCGACGAUUUCUUCUAUGUGGGCGGCAGUCCCAGCACCGCCGACCUGCCUGGAUCGCCCGUUAGCAACAACUUUAUGGGUUGCCUGAAGGAGGUCGUGUACAAAAACAACGAUGUGCGUCUGGAGCUCUCCAGGAUGGCAAAGCAAGGGGACCCCAAGAUGAAGGUCCACGGCGUGGUGGCCUUCAAGUGCGAGAACGUGGCGACCCUCGACCCCAUCACCUUCGAAACGCCAGAGUCCUUCAUCACCCUGGACAAGUGGAACGCCAAGAAGACGGGCUCGAUCUCGUUCGACUUCCGCACCACCGAGCCCAACGGGCUGCUGCUCUUCAGCCACGGGAAGCCCAAGCAGCCCAUCAAAGGGGCCAAGAACCCGCAGUCGCUCAGGGUGGACUUCUUCGCCAUCGAGAUGCUGGAGGGCCACCUGUACCUCCUGCUGGACAUGGGCUCGGGCACUACCAAGACACGCGCCCUCAACAAGAAGGUCAACGACGGGGAGUGGUACCACGUGGACUUCCAGAGGGACGGAAGAUCAGGCACCAUCUCCAUCAACACCGUCCGAACGGCAUACACCGCUCCCGGGGAGAGCGAGAUCCUGGACCUGGACGACAACCUGUACCUGGGCGGGCUCCCCGAGAACAAGAUGGGCAUGGUCUUCCCCACGGAGGUGUGGACGGCGCUUCUCAACUACGGCUACGUGGGCUGCAUCCGCGACCUCUUCGUGGACGGACAGAGCAAGGACGUGCGGCGCAUCGCCGAGACGCAGAAGGCCACGGGCGUCAAGCCCUCCUGCAGCAAGGAGGCGCCGAAGCUGUGCCUGAGCAACCCGUGCCAGAACAACGGCGUGUGCCGAGAGGGCUGGAACCGCUACGUGUGCGACUGCUCCGGGACCGGCUACCUGGGCCGCUCCUGCGAGAGAGAGGCCACCAUCUUGAGCUACGACGGCAGCAAGUUCAUGAAGAUCCAGUUGCCGGUGGUGAUGCACACGGAGGCGGAGGACGUGUCCCUGCGCUUCCGCUCCCAGAGGGCGUACGGCAUCCUGAUGGCCACCACGUCACGUGACUCCGGCGACACGCUGAGGCUGGAGCUGAACACGGGCCGCAUUCAACUCACCGUCAACCUAGACUGUGACAGGAUAAACUGUACCUCUAGCAAAGGUCCCGAGACUCUGACAGCGGGUCAGAAUGUGAACGAUAACGAGUGGCACACGGUGCGCGUGAUGCGCAGAGGAAAGUCUUUGAUGCUGUCAGUGGAUGAUUUGCCUCCCGCAGAAGGCCAAAUGGCCGGGCAACACACACAGCUGGAGUUCCACAACAUCGAGACGGGCAUCCUGACGGAGAAGCGCUUCGUCUCGCUGCCGCCCUCCAACUUCAUCGGCCACCUGCAGAGCCUCAUGUUCAACGGCAUGGCCUACAUCGACCUGUGCAAGAACGGCGACAUCGACUACUGCGAGCUCAACGCCAUGAUCGGCUUCAAGAACAUCAUCGCCGACCCCGUGACCUUCAAGUCGCGCUCCAGCUACGUGGCGCUGUCCACACUGCAGGCGUACUACAACAUGCACCUCUUCUUCCAGUUCAAGACCACGUCGUCCGACGGCCUCAUCCUCUUCAACAGCGGCGACGGCAACGACUUCAUCGUAGUGGAGCUGGUCAAGGGAUACCUGCACUAUGUGUCCGACCUGGGGAACGGAGCUCAUCUCAUCAAGGGGAACUCCAACAAGCCGCUCAACGACAACCACUGGCACAACGUCAUGAUCUCCCGCGACACCAACAACCUGCACACGGUCAAGAUCGACACCAAGAUCACCACCCAGACCACCUCUGGAGCCAAGAACCUCGAUCUGAAAGGUGACUUGUACGUGGGCGGCGUCGCCAAGGAGAUGUACAAGGAGCUGCCCAAGCUGGUCCACGCCAAGGAGGGCUUCCAGGGUUGCCUGGCUUCCAUGGAUCUGAACGGGCGGCUCCCCGACCUCCUGUCCGACGCGCUGGCCUGCGUAGGCACCAUCGAGAGGGGCUGCGAAGGCCCCAGCACCACGUGCCAGGAGGACUCGUGUGCCAACCAGGGGGUGUGUCUUCAGCAGUGGGAGGGAUUCACCUGUGACUGCAGCAUGACGUCGUACGGGGGACCACUCUGCAGCGACGCGGGAACUACGUACAUAUUCGGGCGGGGUGGCGGUCUCAUCACGUACACGUGGCCGCCGAACGACCGUCCGAGCACGCGAGCGGACCGGCUGGCCCUGGGCUUCAGCACGCAGCAGAAAGAGUCCGUGCUGGUGAGGGUGGACAGCUCCACAGGGCUCGGGGACUACCUGAAGCUUCACAUCGAUAAAGGGAAUAUCGCCGUAGUGUUCAAUGUGGGAACGGAUGACAUUUACAUCGAGGAGAAGGCAAAGUUUGUAAAUGAUGGAAAGUACCAUAUUGUGAGGUUUACACGGAGUGGCGGUAAUGCCACACUGCAGGUGGAUGACCUGCCAAUCAUUGAGCGAUACCCCACAGGCAACAUUGAUAACGAACGCCUGGCGAUUGCUAGACAGCGAAUCCCAUAUCGACUUGGUCGAGUAGUUGACGAAUGGCUACUCGACAAAGGGCGCCAGCUCACUAUCUUCAACAGCCAGACCACCAUUCAGAUCGGCGGCAUGGAGAAGGACCGCAGCCGCUCCUUCCAGGGCCAGCUGUCCGGCCUCUACUACAACGGCCUCAAGGUCUUCAACAUGGCGGUGGAGGGCGACCCCAACAUCCAGAUCCAGGGCAGCGUGCGCCUGGUGGGCGACGCCCCGUCCUCCUCCAUCACCCCGCAGUCCAGCGCCACCGCCAACCGCUCGGAGACGUCCACCUCCAUCACGGAGAUCACCACCACCACCACCACCGCGUCCAGCCGACGGGUCAAGCAGACCACCCCCAGGGAGUCGCAGCAGACGACAGACGACCUGCUGGUGGCUUCCGCAGAGUGCCCGAGUGACAGCGACGACGAGGACGACGAUCCGUGCGAGCCGAGCUCAGCCAACCCAACGAGCGCCGGAGGCAAGCUGUACCCGGGUCCGCCGGCGGAGGUGUUCCGCGAGUCCAGCAGCACCACGGGCAUGGUGGUGGGCAUCGUGGCGGCGGCGGCCCUGUGCAUCCUCAUCCUCCUCUACGCCAUGUACAAGUACCGCAACCGCGACGAAGGCUCCUACAGCGUGGACGAGAGCCGCAACUACAUCAGCAACACGGCCCAGUCCAACGGCACCGUGGUCAAAGAGAAGCCGGCCAACAGCAGCGCCAAGCCCUCCGGCAAGGGCAAGAAGAAUAAGGACAAGGAGUACUAUGUGUGAUCGCGUGCGGUCGCACCAGCUCUGGGGUUUUUGCCAUGGACCUGUUUCCCAGACUUUUCUUAAGCCGAGGCCCGCAAGGCCCUACAUGUGUAUCAUAAUUACAAAAAAAACAGAGCAAAAAUGGAACGAAACAUAAACAUUGAUGAUGAAAAAAAAAAAUAAACAUUUGGUCCUCAUUUUAUCGAAAACAUGGUGUUACACCAUAAAGUGCAAAUGGGAAGAAAAAAAAUACUGAAUAAAACACGGUUUUAUUUAAUAUUCUUGUCAAGCCCUCUGUCCACAUAAAAGUCCAAAACUGAACAGACAGUUUCACAAGUGAAAGACAAUAAACUUCACCCCCGGAGUUGACUGAUAUCAAUACAAAGACAGCUAAAAUAAUACCUUGGACUUGACUGACGAGCCAAAUUACCAAACCAAACCCAUAUCAAAUAUCAAGUAUUCCACAGCCUGGAGAAACUCAAUCUCUCCCUCUUGUGUAUGAAAAGGCAAGAGAGGAAGGGACACAGUCUCACUAACUGUCAGUGUAUUCAUUUCCUUUGCCUGUGUUUGUGUUGCUGGGAUUUUCUUUUCUAAUGAGAAAAAAAGGAGAGCGACCGAGAAAACAAAACAACGCUAAAAGAAGUGAUGGCGAACACAACCACCGAAAACACUUGCAGAAGACGAGAGGACUAAGACGCUACCUACCGUAUGGGUUCAAGGGAAAUCAGCCAAAGUAUUUGCACUUUUCAUAGUGGCAGCGCUCGCCAACACGAACUGUUGUUUGGCCUGCUGAGCGAUCUAUCCAAGGUGCAAAGAAGGGACUGGAGAAUGACUUUAGAGGCUGAACACUUGUCAAGUACUGGGAUCAAGUCACGGAGGAGAAGCAUGGAGGCCUUAGCUGUUCCAGCGGUGAAACCUACAGUAUGGCUCGUGAUUUUACGCCGAAUCUGGGUGUCUGAAAAUGAUCAUUUGGAAACACUCCAUGCACGCAAAAGUAUCUUAUUCCAUAUGUUUCUAUACAGUACAACCAACCACAUCUAUAUGUGCUUUCUGGACUGUGACAAAGUGGUGUUUUAUAGCCUGUUGUAUAGACGAUGCAAACUAUAUCUGCUCCUCCUCAACCAUUUUUUUUACUAAUAAAACCACAAAAAGAAUAAAAAAAACAAGUAAAUGUACUUAAGUGUUGCUAGGUAUAGACAAUUUUACGAAGACAUCCGCAGAUGACAUUUUCAGUUGCAUUGUUACUUUCUCUCCCCUAAAUACAAACUCCUGCUACCUUUUUUUUAUAUACACAUACAAAAAAAAUAUAUAGAUAAUCCCAACCUGUUAAUCGUACGUGACCAAGGCAAUGCAAAGAUGACCCGAGGUCAGAGGUCAUUAAAACUCUGUGUCAUGGUUACGGGCGGAAAACCACUGCCUAAGUCCCACGUCCCGCCCCCCUUAAAUGACUCCUCUGUGAGACUCCUCGUCGCGUGAGAGAUAGCCCUGUCACUGUAUGUGGUUUUAAAGUGGUUUUGAAUGGUUUCCUGUUGCUCGCUGCGGCCGACGCUGGAGAGAAGAGGUGGCCAAGUCCGUCCUUUCGUGUUUUUGUUUUUGUCCUGACCCUCCAUCUGUCCCGCCUCCCUGAGAACUGCACACAGAAAGAGGAUGUGGAGGGGGAAACUAAAGCUAUGAUUAAAACCGCAAAUCUGAAUUCUUUUGUUUGUUUUAUUUUUUUAUUUAUAUCCGUGCUGUUCUUUUCUACAGUAUUUUAUGUUCGAUUGUGGCAAUUCUUUAUUGACCUCAAAGUAAAAAUUUAUUAUGAAAAAUAGUUUUGAAAAAUUAAAUGAACAAAUAAAAUAUUACCUAAG